GCGGCGGUGUCGGUGUCGGUGGCGCCCGCCGUGCCCUCUGGCUCGGAAGGGCGACCCGUCUCUUUCCACGCGGACGUGAACGGCCACAGCUUGCACCCGCCUUACUUCAACCUGGCCGAAGGCACCCGGAUCUCGGCCACGGCGACCUGCGGCGAGGAAGAGCCGGGAUCCCGGAACCCCAGGCCGGUGGAGGAUUUGUAUUGCAAGCUGGUGGGGGGGCCGGUGGCAGGAGGCGAGCCCAACCAGACCAUCCAGGGACAAUACUGUGACAUUUGUUCAUCAGCAAUCAGCAACAAAGCCCAUCCCAUCACCAAUGCUAUAGACGGCACUGAGCGCUGGUGGCAGAGUCCCCCUCUUUCUCGUAGGCUGGAAUUCAACGAAGUCAAUGUUACUUUAGAUCUUGGGCAGUUGUUCCAUGUGGCGUAUGUUUGGAUCAAGUUUGCAAAUUCUCCUCGUCCAGAUCUGUGGGUGCUUGAACGGUCAACAGAUUUUGGGUUGACAUAUCAGCCAUGGCAGUACUUUGCCUCAUCCAAGAGAGAUUGCAUAGAGAAAUUUGGUUUAAAGACUGUGGAACGGAUUACCAAAGAUGAUGAUGCCAUUUGCACCACUGAAUACUCCCGCAUUGUGCCCUUGGAAAACGGAGAGAUAGUUGUCUCUUUGGUGAACGGACGUCCAGGGGCGAUGAAUUUCUCUUACUCUCCUCUCCUGAGGAAUUUCACCAAAGCGACCAACAUUCGAUUGCGAUUCCUGCGGACCAACACCUUGUUGGGGCAUCUGAUGGGAAAGGCAUUACGAGAUCCUACUGUAACCAGAAGGUAUUACUACAGCAUCAAAGAUAUCAGCAUUGGAGGACGAUGUGUAUGCCAUGGUCAUGCUGACGUUUGUGAUUCCAAGGACCCAUCAGACCCUUACAGACUACAGUGUGACUGUCAACACAACACCUGUGGAGGGUCAUGUGAUCAUUGUUGCCCAGGUUUCAACCAAGUACCAUGGAAACCAGCCACUACUGACAGCGCCAACGAAUGUGAACCUUGUAAUUGCAAUGGUCAUGCCUAUGAUUGCUAUUAUGACCCAGAGGUUGACCGCCACAAAGCCAGCAAAAAUACUAAUGGCCAGUUCGAAGGAGGAGGUGUGUGCAUUGACUGUCAGCAUCAUACAGCAGGCGUCAACUGCGAGAGAUGCAGUCCGGGAUAUUAUAAGUCUCCAGAUCAUCCAUUAGAUUCACCAUACAUUUGCUAUCGUUGCAAUUGUGAGUCGGAUUUCACCGAUGGCACCUGCGAGGACUUCACUGGCCGCUGUUACUGCAAGCCAAAAUACACAGGGGAGCACUGUGAUGCUUGUGCAGAUGGCUAUGUGGACUUCCCACAUUGCUACCCAGUACCAGAGUUCUCUGAUAAUGAUACUGGAGCACAAAUCCUUCCUGCUGGGCAAAUAAUAAACUGUGACUGCUAUGUUGCUGGGACAAGAGGGAAUGCGUGCCGGAAAGAUGCUCAGACUGGGAUGUGUUUGUGUCAUCCCAACUUCCAAGGACCCCAGUGUGAUCAGUGUGUGCCAGGAUACUAUGGGCCAAAUUGCCAGCCUUGCCAAUGUUCAGGCCCCGGUUUCUAUGAAGGCACUUGUGACAGUGAGACGGGCCAGUGUCUUUGUCGUGCUGGAUUUGAAGGCUUUGUGUGUGAUCGGUGUGCCCCUGGCUACUUCAAUUACCCACUAUGCCAGCUUUGUGGCUGCAGUGCCGUUGGGACAUUGCCAGAAGGUUGCGAUGCCUCCGGGAGAUGCUACUGCAGGCCUGAAUAUAAUGGGCUUCAUUGUGACCAGUGCAGCUUUGGAUAUCAUUCCUACCCUCACUGCCAAGCUUGUUCUUGUGAUCCCCGGGGUUCUUUGGACAACGACUGUAGUCCUGUUGGUCAGUGCCGUUGCCACCCGAACUACAUGGGCCGUACAUGCAACCAGUGUGCCUUGGGUUUCUAUGGAUUUCCUACCUGCACAGCUUGUCACUGUUCCAUGGAAGGCUCUUUGCAUGCCACCUGUGAUCAAGAGACUGGACAGUGCACCUGUCAUCCCAGAAUAAUGGGACUGCGUUGUGAUACCUGUGUUCCUGGGGCUUAUGGGUUCCCACAGUGUGAAGUGGGUUCUUGUAACCCUGCCGGACUUGCAAGUGAAGAUCCUUCUCUGCCAAUGGAUUCCUGCGAAUGUCGGGCAUAUGUAGAAGGUGAAGCUUGUGAUCGAUGCAAACCACUCUACUGGAAUAUGACUCCAGAUAACCCCUUUGGAUGCAUGAGCUGCCAGUGUGACACCAUGGGAACCAUUGCAGGUGUCGCUGAAUGCCAGCAGGACAAUGGGCACUGUUUCUGCAAGGCAAACACCUGUGGCCAGUUUUGUUCAACAUGCAAAGAAGGAUACUAUAACAUGGAGAGUGGGAAUUAUUUUGGCUGUCAAGGAUGCCACUGUGACAUUGGUGGGUCGAUUGGGCCUGUGUGUGAAGAGAAGACAGGAUCCUGUCACUGCAGACUGAACACGCAAGGCCUCACCUGCACUCAGCCAGCAAGAGAUCAUUAUAUCCCUGACCUUCAUCACUUAAAGUAUGAGCUGGAAGAGGGUACUACGCUGGAUGGGAGACCUGUUCGCUUUGGCUACAAUCCUUUGGAAUUUGAGAAUUUCAGCUGGAGAGGAUAUGCACAGAUGUCUUCCAUUCAGCCCAAGGUAGUGGUGACCCUCAGUGUGACCUCCCCUGACCUGUUCCGCCUCGUCUUCCGCUGCAUCAGCCGGGGGCCUGCAAAUGUGGAAGGGAGGGUCUCAGUCCUUGAGGAAGGAAAGUUUAAUGUUUGUGGCAACUGCACAGAACAAACUAAGCAAAUUGUAUUUGCGCCAACAAAAGAGCCAGCUUUUGUGACUGUUCCUCAGAAUAGGUUUGGUGAGCCAUUUGUGCUGAGCCCUCAUAUGUGGUCAUUCAUAAUUGAAGCUGAGGAUGUUCUUCUGGAUUACCUCGUUCUGCUGCCCAGCUCAUACUAUGAGGCUCCUAUAUUGCAGCUAAAAGUCUCAGAUCCUUGCACCUAUAGUCCAACUGCUGAACAAGCCAAUCAAAACUGCCUCCUGUAUGCAUACGUGCCUGUGGAUCAAUUCCCUUCUGGAUCAGGAAAAGAUGCUUUGUGCAAGCUGGACAACAGCUUACCAAGACCCUGUGCUAAGGAGCAGAUUUCCCUUUCAUAUCCUGAGAUGGUGUUGUGUAGUGGCAGUGACAUCGAAGUACAGCUGCGGGUUGCUGUAUCUCAGCCAGGGAGAUACAUAGUUCUGGUGGGAUACGCCAAUGAAGAUGCUCCGCAGACAAUCCAUGUAGCAGUGAACUCACCACAGCUUGCGGUUCAGCAGGGCACUCUUGGUUUAUACACUUGCAAGUACAGUUUCCUUUGUCGUGGGAUAGCUUUAGACUCAGUAAAUCGCUUGGCAGCUUUUGAAUUGGGCACAGAUGCUACGAUUCGAUUCACUGCCGAUCGGGCCCAUUUCUUCCUGUACAAAGUAUAUCUAAUCCCUUAUGAACAGUUCACUAUGGAAUUUGUGGAGCCAAAGGUACAUUGCAUUAGCACCCAUGGAAUAUUCUCACCGAACAGUAGUUCCUGUGUCCCGUCAAGGUAUCAGAAGGUUUCACAGUCAAUUGUCCUUGAAGAAGGGCAAAUCCUGCCGCUCGCUCCAGGCUUCCCCCUGAUUCAUGCCUUUAGUGUCCCCCCAGCAGGGAUCCCGCACCCAUCAUCACUACGGCCUCCAACCUUGUUAGAUUCUUCUGCAGAGCUUACUCUGCUAAAAGCACCCCAGACUGCCAUUAUAUUAAAUGGGUACAUCCAGAGUCUAGGACGCUAUGCCUUUAUUCUGCACUGCUACCAGCCCAGUCACCCAACAUUCCCUGUGGAAGUGUUGAUCAAUGGUGGACGGAUUUGGCAAGGACAAGCUAAUGCUACUUUCUGCCCACACGGAUAUGGCUGCCGGAGUCUCAUGGUUGCAGAGAACCAGAUUGUCCUGGAUGUUACAGACAAUGAUCUGAGUGUGAUCAUUCGUGUACCAGAGGACCGACAUCUUUGGUUGGAUUAUGUCAUUGUCGUUCCUGAAGACAGUUACGGCUCUAGCUACCUUUCAGAGGAGCCCUUGGACAAAUCUUAUGAUUUCAUCAGCACCUGUGGAGUCAAUGGCUUCUAUAUCAACCCCGUAACAUCGUCCAAGUUCUGUCAGGAUUCUGCCAUCUCGAUCUCUCUCUUUUACAACAAUGGAGCCAAACCUUGCCACUGCCACGAGGCAGGUGCCGUCCGAAGCCAGUGUGAGCCGUUUGGUGGCCAGUGUGCUUGCAAAUCAAAUGUCAUUGGGCGAGACUGCUCCCGUUGUGCCACUGGAUACUGGGGUUUCCCCAACUGUAGACCCUGUGGCUGUGGAAUACGCCUGUGUGAUGAACUGACCGGGCAGUGCAUCUGUCCACCGCGCACCAUUAAACCAGAGUGUACAGUCUGUGAGCCCCAGACCUUUGGCUGCCACCCGCUGGUCGGCUGUGAGGACUGCAAUUGUUCCAGUCCUGGGAUCCAAGAUCAGCUGGAGCCCGGUUGUAAUGCAGACAGUGGACAGUGCAGGUGCAAGCCCAACAUAAUAGGACGUCAGUGUGAUCUUUGCGCACCUGGCUAUUAUGGAUACCCAGACUGCAGGAAGUGUGACUGCCACCAGGCAGGGACCAAGCCGAGUGUCUGUGAUCCAGUUACUGGGCAGUGCCACUGUAAGGAAAAUGUGGAAGGUCCAAGAUGUGACCAGUGCCACCUGGGGACCUUCUCUCUGGAUGCCAGCAAUCCAAAAGGCUGCACUAAAUGUUUCUGCUUUGGAGCGACAGAUCGCUGUCACAGCGCUGAGAAGUACCGUGUGGAGUUCAUAGACAUGGGUGGGUGGACUUUGCUGAGUGGAGAGCGCCAGGAAACUCCCAUCUUCGUCAGCUUGGAAGAUGAGCUUGUUCGUGCUGAUCUCCGGAAUUUUCCCGAGGCUUUCCAGGAACUCUACUGGCAUGCUCCCAGCUCAUACCUUGGAGACCAGGUUUCUACCUAUGGUGGCUACUUGCGCUAUGGAUUGCACUCGGACACCCGAAGGGGUGAUGUGUUCAUACCCUUGGAAUCCCGACCUGAUGUUAUUCUUAAGGGAAACCAAAUGAGCAUUAUGUUUCUGGAGGGCUCCUAUCCUGUACCUGGGGAAGUCCAUGAAGGGCAGCUCCAACUUUUGGAGGAUAACUUCAGGCACACUGAAACGCACAACCCUGUCUCCAGGGAAGAGCUUAUGAUGGUUCUGGCUAAUUUGGAGCAGCUGCAGAUCCGUGCUCUCUUCUCCCAGAUUUCUUCAUCUGUGUCCCUUCAUCGAGUGACACUGGAGAGAGCAACUGAAAUGGGUGGAGGCCUUCGGGCCAGUAAUGUGGAGCUCUGCAUGUGUCCAGCCAAUUAUAAGGGAGAUUCCUGCCAGGAAUGUGCUCCAGGCUAUUACAGGGACACCAAAGGUCUCUUCCUAGGAAAAUGUGUUCCAUGUAAUUGCAAUGGUCACUCGGAUCAGUGCCUCCCAGGGUCUGGAAUAUGCAUUAACUGCCAGCACAACACAGAAGGGGACCACUGUGAGAAAUGUAAGGGUGGCUUUGUGGGGAACUCAUCGUUCGAAGGACAUCGGCAGUGCGUAGGAUGCCCGUGUCCUCUUUCAGUUGCAUCAAACAACUUUGCCAUGGGAUGUGUCCAUAAAGGCUCAACAGUUCAAUGCCUCUGCAAACCCGGUUAUGCUGGAAUUUCAUGUGAACGGUGUGCUCCGGGAUAUUAUGGAAAUCCGCUAGUGAUCGGUAGUUUCUGCCGGCCUUGUGACUGCAGUGGAAAUGCUGAUCCUAAUAUGCUCUUCAGUGACUGUGACUCGCUGACAGGAUUCUGCACAGGAUGCAUGUACAAUACAGCAGGGCCCCGGUGUGAAUUGUGUGCUCCCGGGUUUUAUGGUGAUGCAGUGGUGGCAAAGAACUGCACUGAAUGCAGCUGUCUGUCCUGUGGGACUGAGUCAUGCGAUCCCAGGACUGGCCAGUGUCACUGUAAACCGGGAGUGACAGGUCGGCAUUGUGACCGCUGUGAGGAAGGGCACUAUGGCUAUGAAACAUGCUCAGGUUGCCAGAAGUGUGACUGUGAUGUUGGAGCUGUGAGCCGAGAUUGCCAUGCUCAGAAUGGCCACUGUAAUUGCAGUCCCGGCGUGGGUGGCUCCCGUUGCCAGCAAUGCAGCCCCGGCUAUUGGGGGCUCAGUACCAAUGGCUGCUCAAAAUGUCAAUGCAAAGGAGGUUCCUGUAACCCACGGACUGGAGAAUGUGCUUGCUCUAAUGGCCUGACGGGGAAGCAGUGUGACACCUGUAUAAAGAAGCAUGAGAUCCCUGUGGUUGAUGGCCCUGACAACAUGAGAUGUGAAGCUUGCGACAGCUGUGUCUUGCUUCUGCUGGAAGAUCUUCAGAAGAUUGAAAGCUCCUUUCCUGCACUCAGGCACCAGUUGACAAGUCUCAAUGCCACUUCCAUAGCAUGGGCCCGUCUUCAUAGCAUCAAUGGUUCUAUGCAAGCCAUCACAAACCACAUGCGUGAAUAUCAGAGAUCCAUAAAUAGGGCCAGGGAACAGGCUGGCGAGCUAGAAGAAGAGAACACAGACUUUAUUCAGGAUUUGAAUGCCCUUCAGCACAAGGCAACAAUGACCCACAGAAAAGCUGACCAUAUAACUAAUAGCACAGAAGAGAGCUACCAGCACGCUGAGAAUCUUGUUCAGGAAAUCACUAAAAUUUGGAACAAAAUUAAUGAUCUUGUGUGCCAGAUGGACACCUUUGUUGCUGCAAAUGCUAGUGCCACCUCCACAGAGGAGUUCCGGCAGAAGAUGGCGGAGGUAGAUGCAAUGCUAAGGCAUAUGAAGGCCAUGGAUUUCAGUUUCCAAAGAGCAACGGCUGUUGAAGAGCACAAUGAAGCUCAGAAAUUGCUGGACCGUGUGAAGAUGGAACUUUACAGCAAAUUGGAGUCCAAUCAAGAGCUGGUGAAUCAGAUCAACGAUCAGUUGGAUCAGUACAGUUCGGAGCUGAUGGACCUGAGGGAUGCCAUGAACGAAGCUGUGAAUAAGACCCGUCAGGCAGAGGACCUCAACAGCCUAAAUCGUAAUCACCUGGAAGAAACCCAGCAAAAAAGGAAGGAGCUGCAGGAACAAUACGAAGUGAUCCAGAACACCUUGCAAAUGGCGGAGGACUCUCUAGCCCAAGUCUCAGAUUUUUUGCAGAUAAUAGAAAAUGCCAAAGAGGAAUCAGAGAAGUUAGCAGCCCAGCUGGACGGAGCCAGAUACCCUCUGUCAGAGAAGGCAAAGGAGUAUGCUCUGGCCAGCAGCAAGAUCCCCGUCGUGGAGGAGGCUGAAGAGCACGCCAGGCUCCUAGAUGAACUGGCAAGAAAUCUGUCCAGCAUCAUCCAUGGCACGAAUCAAGAUGGAUUUAUUCAGCGAGCCAUCAAUGCCUCCAACGCCUAUGCCAGCAUAAUCGAGGCGGUCAAGAGUGCAGAAAGCGCAGCCAAUGAAGCUCAUCGUGCUGCCAGCGAAGCUUUGACGAAUGUCAUCCUGGAUGAUCUUGGAACCAGGUCAGAAGAGAUGAAGAACAAGAGCAUUGCCUUAGAAGAAGCUGUGAAGAAGGAACAGAAGAAGCUCAGCGGAGAAAUCAAGGCAGCACUGCAGGCAGCCAAGAACCGAUUGGCUGGCAUCCAACAAAAGAAAGACCGGCUUGUAAACCAACUACAGUCGGUGAAGAGCACAUUGGACAAGGUCCAAGAUGGUACAGCAGAGGCAAUCCAAAAAGCCAAAGAUGCAGCUGCAGAGGCCAACGCGACUGUGGUCAGGAUGGAAGGACGACUGAGCGACAUGAAAAAAAAUCUGGAUGAGUGGAAAAAACAAUACGGAGAUCUCGAAAGUGAAGAUGUGAAUCAAGCUGUUCAAGAUGCCAAGAACACAGUAUCAAACCUUGAAAGCACCCUCCCACUGCUUCUGGGAAAGCUCAGCAGUCUGGAGAACAGGAGGAGUCACAACGCCACUGUUUCGGACAAUAUUCUGCGGGUGCGCCAGCUAAUAUCGUUGGCCCGCAGUGCUGUCAGUAAGAUAAAAGUUCCUGUGAAGUUCAAUGGGACUUCAGGUGUGCAAGUCCGGACUCCCAGUAAUCUCAAAGAUCUGGCUGCCUACACCUCCCUCAAAUUCUAUAUCCAGAACCCGGAGCCCAAAGUAAGACAGAAACGUCAAAAUGGAGACGACAUGGGGCGCUUUGUCUUGUAUCUGGGACACAAAGACGCUGCCGGCGACUACAUGGGCAUUGUUUUGAAAGACCGCAAAGUGCAGUGGAUCUAUAAACUAGGGCCUGAGGAGCCAACAUAUUUAACUGUUGAUGAAGAGAUUGGAGAACAGUUUGCAGCAAUCAGCAUUAACAGGAUCUUGCAAUAUGGACACAUGUCCGUCACCGUGGAAAAGCAAACCUUGCAUGAAACAAAAGGAGACAGUGUUGCUACAGGAGAGCAUGGGCUUUUCAAUUUUAAGCCUCACAACGUGGUCUUCUAUGUGGGCGGCUACCCCUCUGGCUUCACGCCUCCUACACCCCUGCGCUAUCCUAACUACCGGGGAUGCAUAGAGAUGGAUUCGCUUAAUGAAGAGGUGGUGAGUCUGUAUAACUUCCAGAGCACUUUCCACCUGGACACUGCUGCGGAGAGGCCUUGUACAAGGUCAAAAUCGACAGGUGAUCCUUGGCUGACAGAUGGCUCCUAUUUUGAUGGGACUGGAUAUGCCGAAAUUACACUUGAGAGCCAGAUUGGCUCAAUCAAGCGCUUUGAACAAGAAAUGCGAUUGGUGUCGUACAAUGGAAUUAUUUUCUUCCUAAAGUAUCAGAAGCAGCUGCUGUGUUUAGCUGUCCAAGAAGGAAAGUUGGUGCUGUACUAUGACUUCGAUGGAGGCCUUAAGGCUGCACAACCCUCUAAGGAUCCUGCUACACUGAUAGUCAGCAGCACCACAAAUAAAGCGAUCCAAAUAUUUCUCCUCAAAAUGGGUUCCAAGGAUCGUGUUUUGGUGCGUCUCGAACAAUCAACCAUCUUCAUGGUAGAGCAGGAAAAUAGCUUACAAAACGCUGCCUCGUAUUACCUUGGCGGGGUGCCGGUGUCCCUUCUCCCUGAAAGCCUGAAGAAAAUAUUCCCCAAAGGUGGGUCUAUCCGGGGCUGCAUGAAGGGGUUGAAGGCUCUUGGCAAAUACGUUGACUUAAAACGUAUGAAUACGACAGGAGUGAGUUACGGGUGCACUUUGGACCUCCUGGUGGCUCGCUCAGUUAAGCUUCAUGGGCAUGGAUACUUGACUCUGUCAUUGAGGAAUGUGCCAUCUCUGCAAGAUUUUUACACUGGUUUCAGCUUCCGCACAAGCCAGACCCGUGGCUUGAUGUACCACCAUGCUACAGAGGAAGGGACCUGCCAAGUUUCUUUGCAGAAUGGGAAAGUGGCUGUUAAUGUCUUCUCGACGGAAAUCACCACAAAGAACACAUAUGCAGAUGAUUCCAGCCACUAUGUUGCCCUCUACAGCGAUUCCACAGGGGUUCGGCUUUACAUAGACGACCAGCUUCAGGAAACGAGACCAGGUUCUGAUCGCCAGAGGAGGCAGAAGCGACAAGAUGAGGCGGCCGUCUUCCAUUUGGGUGGCCUGCCUGCGGCCCAUACCGUCGGCAACCUCACAGGAUGCAUCGGGAAUGUCUUCGUCAGGAGGAAAUCCGAGCCACAGAUGGUUGUAGACCUGCAGCAGAGCGCAGAGAGUUUCAAUGUGACCAUGAACUGUCCCAGAGACCAGCAGCCGCGGCAGAUGAGGGCAUCAGAGAAGGGCAGGUGGAAACCCAAGAUGCCAAGCAGGAAAAUGCUGAAGGAUGUGAAUUGCCACCUAACCAAAUACCCCAAAGCCAUUAAGGAUGCCUUCCAGUUUGGCGGAUCCACAAUAAGUCGCUUAGAAUUUGAUGACAUUCCAGUAACGUUCCAAGAAAGCUUCCAUUUCUCAAUGGAUAUCAAACUGAACUCCUCCAGUGGCCUCUUGUUCUAUAUGGCUGAUGACGCCCUGGGUUCCUUCUUCUCUCUUUUUAUCUCCAAUGGCCGCUUGGUGCUUUUGGCUGACACCAGUGGACAGAAACUGAGACUGAGGACCAAAGACAAGUACCAUGAUGGAAAGUGGCACACAAUCUUCUUCAGCAGGGACAGAAGCAGAGUUCAGCUUGUCACUGAUGGACUGAAAGCUCAGGAGAAGUCACUGCUAACAGCUGGAGACUUUUGGAUCCCCAGCGUCUUUUAUGUGGGCGGAGCCCCUAUGGAGAAGGCCAAAGCCCAUAUACCAGAUGCGUCUGCUGCUAGCUUUAAGGGCUGCCUCAGGCACUUGAAACUUGACAGGAAGCCUCUGGUAUCUCCAGCCCGCGUGUUUGGCGUCACUCCGUGUUACACGGGUCCUUUGGAAAGUGGUGUCUUUUUCUCAGCUGAAGGAGGAUAUGUGACUCUAGACAGGUAUGUGGCUGUCGGAGAAGACUUUGAGCUGACGCUGGAAAUCCGUCCGCGGAGCGUCUCUGGCCUGAUAUUUCACAUCGGCACAAAACAAACAAACUACCUCAGGCUGUAUUCAGACAGCACAAAGGUCACUGUGAUUGCAAACACUGGUGCUGGGGAGUUCUUCACCUCCGUGGCCCAACCUUCACUCUGUGAUGGCCAGUGGCACACAAUAGCAGUUAUGAAAGGUGGCAAUGUGAUCCAGUUGGAUGUGGACACGGAGGGGAAUUACACUGUGGGACCCAACCAAGCCAACAACAAUGCUGCCAUCACAGAAAACUUCUACCUCGGUGGAAUGCCAGAAUUCACCAGCUUUGGCCUUGCAGCACCACAGCAUAUGGCUCAUUUCUCCUCUUAUACUGGCUGUAUGAAGAACCUGGUUAUAAACCGGACUCCGGUCUACCUGAGGCAAGCUGGGACUGUCAGGGGCUCAGUGGGGCUCCAUGGCUGCCCAUUUCUGUAGGCAGUUUGGAUAAGCCAGGACUACAGAAAGAGGCAUUGCUCUUCACAAGUGAAAAGCGGAUUUCUGUCUUUUCCUUGCUGCCUGGAAACACAGUCAGUGCUCAGUACCAGCAGUCAGUGCAGCCAAGGGGAUGGGGUAAGGUUCUGUCAUCUUCAGAUUUUUAACUAAUCUGUAAUAUAUUUGCAUAUUCCUUCCCCCCCCAUAUCAGACGGCAUCUUCAAUAGGGAAAGGGAUGUGCAUAAUAUAUGAGUAUUUAUCAAAAGGGCCAAAGUAUAAGGUGCUCUCUCACAAAUGAGAUUAUAACGAGUAGUCAUCAGUCUGUCUUAAAAGCACUGCAUCGCCAAACUGAAAUGAUCAAGGGAGAGGAACAAAGUAUUCAACCCUAUCAGUGUGUUAUUUCCAAACAGCUUGAAGCAGAACAGGGAGGCCAGGGUAGUGUUUUGUAUGCUGAAAUUAUGAAAAAAAUGGGCCACCAAUGUUUCAAAGCAUGUAGAUCCUGUAGAAACGAGAUCUUCUGUAAAUGUGUGGUGGUUCCAAAUAAAAACUCCCCUUCACCAUCAGCUUAGUAAGAGCUGCUUUCAACUUCAUUAUGGAGAAAAGAUGCAUAAAUAAAAUGCUCAUGUCCUUCCUGUCUCACCACCUUAUGCACUACGAUGGCAGCCUUAAUGUCUGAAGUCCAAUGAAACCUUUUUUUUCCAACUUAUAGAAUUUACUACAUUCCCCUUUAAACUUCCAAGGUGCUUAUUAAUUACCCAUGAACAGGGAGCAGUAUAUGGGCAACUUGUGCACUUAAGAGAUGUCCUUAUAUUUUUUUUGUGUGUGUAUAUAUAUAUAAAUAUAUAUAUAUAUCUUCACUUGGGACAAGAUACUGGUUCUGAAACAGACUUUAUAACUUAUCAGUAUAUUGGUUGUUUUAAUGCUGGGGUACAUAUUGUAAAAUGGGUUUAACAAGUCUUGGUUUCUAUUUCUGCAAAUGUAAUUAACUGUUUUGAAGCUGUACUCUUAAGGCAUGAUCUCUGUAAA